AUGGGUAUAAAGCUCGCAGUCUCUCUGGUAUCGUUGCACACACAAUAUUUCCUCCGAUUCUUCUUCUCUUUCAAGGCAGCGCCUUUUAUCAUGGUUCAGUAUACUGUCCCCACCGACCUGAUGUCCAGGCGACAUCCAAAGGGGUUUCAGACCAAGACCAUUUCCAAGACACGCUCUACAAAGUCCCAGCAUGCCCCGUUGAAACUGGACACGCUCCUUACCGAGCUCCUGUUUGAGAUUCUGGAUUGGAUGGAGUUGAAGGAUGCCCUGCGAUUCCGUCUCGUCUCCCGGCGCUUUGCAGAGCUCGUGCUCCUCGCACCGAGUAUCCUCAAGCGUGCACUGAGACAUAUCAAAGCCCCGCUGCCCUACAGCCCGAAACCGAUCCAAAGUCUUUCGGGGAAAGAGACGAUUUCUCUUUGCCGACGUGCGUUUGCACUCGAGGAGAAUUGGAAGCGCAAGUUGGAUCGUGUCAAGAGCAAGAGCUUCUUUGCGCUCCAUCGGCCGUAUCACCUUGCUCUGGCUCCUGGUGGACGAUAUCUCAUAUCUGCCUACCACUCGACGUCGGGUAGUGAGCAAUACGUUGGUUUGUAUGACCUGGAGAACCCUUAUGGAACAGCAUUGAUUGCUUCUUGCCCAACGAGGUCGCCCAUCGACUCGUUGACGGUCACCUGGAUUGUCAAUAAGGGUCGACAAGGUAUUGCCAUUGCGUGGGUGCGUGAACUCCCGUUUGAGAAGCGCGCUACCAAGGUUGCUGGCACCGAAGUUGUUGUCUUGUUCAUCAGCUUGGAAGACAUCGAGGCGUUGACGAAUCCACACCACGGUCGGAAGGAGUCUCCCUUUGAAGUCCUCUUCAGCCGUCAGUGGAAAGUAGGCGCCAUCCGCCUGUCUCUUGCCAACGAUACGCUUGCCGUCGCGCGUUCUCCAGGCACUCUGACAUUCUACAACCUAGAAGAUGGUCGUAGAAGUGCGAUAGAGCUUCCUGAUCUUCCGCAUUCCACGAUGAGCGAUCCCGUCAUCUUUGCCACCAAGUUGCUCUGUGAUGGUACGGCACUUGUCAUUAGAGGUGAAUCAGGCCACUCCCAAACGUUGAACUUGCACGCCAUCGAGGCCUACCAAAUUCCUCUGUGGGGUACGAUGCAUCAAGCACCUAUGCCGCUCCAAUGCAAUUACGUGCACGCAAACCAGACCAACUAUACCAUCUCUGAAAUGUAUCGACUCCAGCCGACGUGCGACAACCCCUCGGAAGAGGAAAUCGCAGAGGCGAACGGAUACUAUCCGGCGGUGACCAUUUGCGUAGAGUCCUCUGAACCAAACAGGGGGAUUACGCAAUAUCGGUUGUACCCGACUCGUGAGCCCGAGACCAAGGAGAGCGAGGCGCGGUUUAGCUACAUUUGGCCUGUCACCGUGUGGCAAGGUCAUUACUCUGAACACGACGCAUUCCGUACGCGAACUCGCAGUCUUGCUGGUGCUGAUCGUUCGUUGGGCUUCCCAUACACCGCACCUGGACGGGCGCUCACCCCUACCUUGGGCGAAUUUAUGGUCUUGUCGAGCUUUGGAGAGGACAAUAUCCCCAGUGUAGCGCUCCCACAGCCGCUCGAAAGCGAUAUCAUCCAGUGUGUUGCUUGGGAUGAGAGCUCGGGCAAGCUCGUUUUGUCGACUGCUGGUGAUCUCAAAGUAUGGGUGCUAGACUUUGCAGUCUGA